AUGACUUUUAUUACACGUCGAACAAAACAAUUAUCAUCUGAUUUAAAACGUUCUCAACAACCUAUAACAUUUAAAAAAGAAAUUGGUGAUUAUUGGUUAGGAAAAACCAUUGGACGUGGUGCUUCAGGACGUGUUAAAUUAGGUAUCAACAAAUAUACAGGUGAAAAAGUGGCUAUAAAAAUGAUUGCACGUAGUCAUUUAUCAUCUUCUUCAACUACCGCCAAAUCAGUCCAACGUGAAUUAGCCAUCCUUCAAUUAUUACAUCAUCCUCAUUUAGUCGAACUUAAACAAGUACUUCAAGAUACUUCAUAUGUCUAUUUUGUUAUGGAAUAUUUACAAGGAGGUGAACUCUUCCACGUUUUGGCUGAAAAGGGAAAACUCAAGGAAAAUGAUGCUAAAUCUCUUUUUUAUCAAAUGGUCUCGGCUCUUGCAUGGUGCCACGCUCAUCAUAUUUGUCAUAGAGAUUUGAAACCUGAAAAUAUACUUUUAGACAAGACAAGAAAACUUAUCAAGAUUGCUGAUUUUGGAAUGUCUACUAUGAAUACAAGCUUAAAAACAAGUUGCGGAUCUCCUCAUUAUGCUAGUCCUGAAAUUGUCAAGGGAAAAUCUUAUGAUGGCACUUGUGCUGAUGUUUGGUCUUUGGGUGUCAUUCUAUUUGCCUUAUUAUCUGGUCAUCUGCCUUUUGAUGAUGAACAUAUGGGUCGCCUCUUGGGAAAAAUCAAGUCUGGAAAAAGUCGUCCUUUACCUACUUCUGUAUCUAAUGAUGCUAAACACCUUGUCAAGAAAAUGUUAGUGGUGGAUCCAAGUAAAAGAAUUAAGGCAAAUAUGAAUGAAAUCCUGGGUCAUCCAUGGUUAGCUUCUAUGUCAUCACCACAUGCUGGUAUUCCUCCAUCUGAUCCUUUGAAACAUGGCUUAUUGGAUGCCCCGGUUAUCAAUCACUCUUUGGAUUUAGAAGGUCGUAUCUGGGAAACCCUCAAGGUCUUAUGGCGUGAUUUGAAACAAGAAGAAAUCAUCCAAGCAUUAUCAUCUCAAAAGCCCAAUUUACAGAAACUUACAUUUCAACAUCAUCGCCGAUCUUCCACGCCUCCUUUAUCUCUGAAUGCUAGUAACGUUUGUUUAGCCUCCCUUCAUGUAAAAGGUAAAAUUACGCAGCAAUCAGUUACAUCUUUGGAUUCAGCAAAAAGACUAUCAACAACAUAUAAUUUGAUGGAACAAUUGAAUCGCCAACAGUCUUUUGCAACCACUGAUCAUUCUCGUUCUUCUCGUUCUCUCUCCUCGGUGUUUCAAUCCUGGUGGCCUUCUAACAACCAUACCACAACAACCACUAUCACUACUGAUGCACCAACAAAUAUCACUACAGCUUCUGAUUCUUCCACUUUUGCCUUUUCAAAUUGGUGGUCAAAAACAUUGGAUUAUGUUCUUCCUCCCUGGUUCAAGAAACAGCCAAAGUUGGUUAGUUUUGAUUACCAUGGAAAACAUGAAUGUGAAGUAGCUGGCAAGAUUCAUCAAGUUCUUAAGGAACAAUUUCAUGGAAAAUUACGUGGUCAUAUCUACCCCAAUCAACAAAUUGUAUGGAACGGCACAUUAAAACUUGAAUCCUCUGCUGCUGAUGACACUUCAUUAUCAAGGUUAUGGUUUCUUUGUCAUAUGGUACAUCAACAUGGGCGUCAUUUCAAGGUGAACUUUAUUUACUUACAAGGAGAUAUCACACUAUGGAAUCAGGCUACCCAACAACUUAUCUCGAAAUUGACACAGUAUGAGCAUGAAGCAAACAACGUGAUGGCGGCAAAUGGAUGGUGA